AUGCAGGCGGUUCCCAUCAUCAGAGAGCCCGUCCCAGGCAAAAGCACCUCAACACCGCUCUCUCGGCCCAAGUCACCCAGCCAGACGAGAUACUCGCAUCUUCUGUAUCUGUCCGAGGCUGAACGGCAGCUUUACGCCUCUCGAAUGGAAAAGGCUUCAGAAUCUUCACUUCGGUCGUCAAACUCGGUCCGUUCAAACCGCUCUGCUGCUUCCUCUGUCAGCUCGGUCUCCACGGGACACACAUCCAAGCUCAGCAUGCGGUCGCCACGCUAUGUCGAUGACCAUUAUCCUCUCAUCACCACCAUCCACCCAGAGUCGGUGCCGGCCUCGGUACCCAAAAACCAUCCCGCGCUCUGGUGUGCUCGUCAAAUGGCCCAGAUUCACAACACCAUCACCCGUGCCUUGAACGCCUCGUGGAACCAUGCUGUAUCGGUACAACCCGACACGCAAGAAGCCAGCGAUUUCCUUCUGUUCAAUCAGCAACUCUUCAAGACUCUGGACCACCAUCACCAUGUCGAGGAUGACUAUAUGUUCCCAGCGCUGGAGAAGCUCCUAGGCCAACCUGGCGCCAUGGAAGCCAACACCAAGGGCCACGAGUCGUUUGCCGACGGGCUGGCCGUCUUCCAAAAGUACGUGUUCGUCACCAAGCCCGCAGAGUUCAAUGGCGUCACGUUUCGGCACAUCAUCGAGUCGUUCGCCCCUGAUCUCAUCCAACAUCUUCAUGACGAAAUCCCCACGCUGGUCAGCCUCCAUGUUCUCGACCCGAAGGAAGUCAUGAAGGUGUGGAAGCACGCCGAGCACCUGGCGACCAAGGACAACAGCCUGUACACCGACGCCCCGUGGACGCUCGGUUGCCAGGACAAGUCAUUCCUGAUCGACGGUCAGAAAUGCGACUUCCCGGACGUUCCGUGGGUUGCCGAGGCGAUGAUCAGAAACUGGCACGGGAAGAAGCAUGCUGGAGCUUGGAGCUUUUGUCCCAGUGACCUUUCCGGCAAGCGGCGCUUGAUGCCCAUUGCGUAA